GUGCUUACGCACGGGUGGGGCUCAUUGCUCGUUGCUAUUUUUCCAUCAUAUGCCUUGGAACCGCAGUGCCGCGGCUAUUCUCUCACACACGUUCCCGGGCCUCGUUUGCCCCUCUUGUUAUGCUCUUCAGAUUGCGGGGCGGCGCUCGCGGUCUCCAAGUGGUCCCUGGGAUAACAGCAAGUGUUCGGGGGGCUCUCUCCACUUAUGCUGUUCACAUUCAUGCAAAAGAGACCUCUGCGCUUGUUCCUGCAGGACUGAGGAGAGCCAGGAUGGAUGGUCUUUAAGCACAGUUGCCCAUGGCUUACAGGGAGAGGCCGGGAACCAGCGUGGGCAGAGCAGAGCCCUGCGCUCGGCCCCAAAUUGUCUCCGAUGUGGGGUCCCAGGAUCAGGGGACAGAGGGGCCCCAGCGCCCACGUGAUAGAUCGCAGAGUUCCGAUUACAAGAACAGCUGCUCGGCCACACCUGCCGCAACGAGCCCCGCCGACGUGGGUACCCAUGGCCACACUGAGAGUGCAGACGAAGACUCGGCUAUGCCUGGCACACCCGAACACGCUCACGUGGGCUGCCACGCACCCAACGAGAGUGCAGAUGAGGACUCCAGCUCUGAUUAUGUAAACAACACAUCAGAAGAGGAGGACUAUGACGAAGGGCUGCCAGAGGAUGAGGAGGGUGUGACGUACUACAUCCGCUACUGCCCUGAGGACGACACCUACCUUGAAGGCAUGGACAGCAGUGAGGGUGACUACGAUGGUACCAGUGUGGAGCCACCUGCUGAUGCCAGUGAUUGCCAGGAGGUGGUGGAAGAGUGGGCAGAAUCCCAGGGGGAAUGCGCAGUGCUGGAGUGUGACCCAGACACUCAGCGAUAUGACGGCCGUCUGGAACCAGUGUUGGACCAUCAGUCACUGCCCAUGCGGAACCCCACAGCUCCUGAAAAGGAUGAGCGCAUCGAGGAAAGAGCAGAGAGGGAGUAUUGUCUCAGUGGAGGCCAUGGAGGAGAGCAGGAGGAGGAAAGGCAGGAAUUCGCAUGCUACAACCAGGAGGAGAACGGAAACUCUGCUCGUGGCCCUGCUGUGCGCUGCGGCCACCAAGGUGGAGAGGAGGCCGAGGAGGACAUUGACCGCAUUGUGGCUGAGAUCAAGAUGAGCAUGAAUGUGGGCAGCUGCCAGAGUUAUUGCAGCACCGAGGCACUGGCUGCAGCAGAACCCCAGCCGCCCCCUGCCACCCAUACGCCCCGCAGUCAUGAGGGGCGCCCAAAGUCCCUCAACAUCCGCCCAGCUCACCUCAGCCAUCCGGAACUGCAGAGGGGCUUCGCAGUACAGGGGUGUACAGCUGAAGAGAGGCUGCAGUGGGUGCAGGAGCAACUGCAGGUUGCCAGUGGUGAAGAACAGCCCAGGAAGCAGCAACGAUCUGACCUCAACAGGCCCCUGGAAAACAACAAUGCUCCUCAGCCAACCAAGAAGAGCACCUCCUUCCCCAGCUUUGUGGAUGUUCCGGGUCCCUGUGAGCCAGAGGACCUCAUAGAUGGCAUCAUCUUUGCCGCCAACUACCUGGGGUCCACCCAGCUGCUGUCAGAGAGGAACCCAUCCAAGAAUGUCCGGAUGAUGCAGGCUCAGGAAGCUGUGAGCCGGGUCAAGAGUCCAGAGGGAGAGGGUCCGACAGCCCUGACGGAAGUGGACCUCUUCAUUUCUACCCAGAGAAUCAAAGUGAUCAACGCAGACUCACAGGAGACAAUGAUGGACAAUGCCCUACGCACCAUCUCUUACAUUGCUGACAUUGGGAACAUUGUGGUGCUGAUGGCACGGCGGCGCAUGUCGCACUCAGCCUCGCAGGACCGCGUGGAGCCCACGCAUGGCCCUGCCGAUCGCAAGAAGCACUACAAAAUGAUCUGCCAUGUGUUUGAGUCAGAAGAUGCACAGCUCAUUGCACAGUCCAUCGGACAGGCAUUUAGCGUGGCCUACCAGGAGUUCCUCCGGGCCAACGGCAUCAACCCAGAGGACCUGAGCCAGAAGGAGUACAGCGACAUCAUUAACACGCAGGAGAUGUACAACGACGACCUCAUCCACUUCUCCAACUCAGAAAACUGCAAAGAGGUGCAGUUGGAGAAGCAGAAGGGGGAGAUCCUUGGUGUGGUCAUCGUGGAGUCAGGCUGGGGCUCCAUCCUACCAACUGUCAUCCUGGCCAACAUGAUGAACGGGGCUCCGGCUGCACGCUCCGGCAAGCUCAGCAUUGGGGACCAGAUCAUGUCUGUUAACAACACGAGCCUGGUGGGGCUGCCUCUGGCCACCUGUCAGGGCAUCAUAAAGGGUCUCAAGAACCAGACACAGGUCAAGCUAAACAUUGUGAGCUGUCCCCCUGUCACAACUGUACUCAUCAGGAGGCCUGACCUCAAGUAUCAGCUGGGCUUCAGCGUGCAGAACGGCAUUAUCUGCAGCCUGAUGAGAGGUGGAAUUGCAGAAAGGGGCGGUGUGCGUGUUGGACAUCGGAUCAUCGAGAUCAACGGCCAGAGCGCUGUGGCCACUGCCCAUGAGAAGAUUGUCCAGGCCCUGUCCAACUCUGUGGGCGAGAUCCACAUGAAGACCAUGCCAGCAGCCAUGUUCCGGCUCCUCACAGGCCAGGAGACACCCAUGUACAUCUAGGGCAGGGCUGGACCCUCCUCUGCCAGAUGAGCCAUAAGCAGCUGCAGUUUGUCUGCUGGGGUUGGGGGUGCAGAUCAGUCUGAUGAUGCACCUGUGGCAAUGAGCAGUAGCUCUAGGGGGCGCUAACAUCCCUGCUUCCAGCCAUUUUGACCAUUACUCUGGAGAGAGAAAAAAAAAAAAAAAAAGCUGUCCUGCCUCUUAAAUGGCACCACCGCUAAACUGACACUGCACUUGACGGACUUUGACAAACAUUAUUACUUGAUUACAUGGUUUGAUGUGCUGUUUCUGCUGCUGGUGUAUGAUUCGUGUGCGGUUCCAUUGUGGAGAAAACCGAAUGCAUUAUGGUUUAUUUUUUAUAUGCACAUGAAUAUGUACAUGUUAAAUACUGUAUAUUAUAGUUUUGGUUGGUUUUUCUUUCCUCAGUGUAAAUACAGAUUUUCCUUUUCGUGACCUAUGGGUUUUUAUGAGAAAAGCAAGUAAUGUUCGACUUGUGUUGACUGAAGCAAGGGUGCGGUCGACAAGCCCUAGAAAGUAACUAUCAUUUAAGGGAUGACAGGAUAUUUGUAAAUCAGAUUUGGAAUAGACUGAGUCCACACUCAUAUGCCUUGCCCCACCCCAUGCUAUGGUUAAUAAUCAGACAUAAUUCAGAUGACCAAAACAAUUACAUUAAAUGGCUGAAUUUAGAAAGCCGGACUUUACAGCAACAAAAGCUAAUAAUGAUGUAGUUACGUGUGCCUUUCCUACAGUUUAGAUUGAAGACAAAGCGCUUUAGCAUGUACUAUAAAUAGUAGUGGAAGCAAUGUACAUAUUAAACCAAUGCUAGAAUUUAUCAUUUUCAUCGUUUCACUGCCUUUAUUUAAUGUGCAAUAUACAAUUGAGAUGACAUUUGCCAAGCUCCAUAGGUAAACUCUUAUUUUAAUUGAUAAACAAUGUGUCUUUUUUAAACCAUUUAACUGUAUAUGGGUGGAGAAUAUUCUUGAUGUCGCUGCAGUAGUACAAAUAAAGUCCCCAAUCAGCAAAUUCCGAGCUACUGUAAAAUUAUAAAGCCCCAAAAUCUUUUGAGUGGGAAAAAUGAAAAUAACGUAUUUAAUACUCUUUUGUUUCAUGCAGCGGUGCAUCGUAUGUCUUGUGAUUGAAUUCUGUAGAUAACCGCUGUUAGAAUGUGUACAAAACACACGUAGAAUUUCAUCCAUAGAGUGAUUGUUGUCGGUCCAUUUGUCUCGUGUUGCAUUCUUUUUGAAAGCCUGAUACUUUGAGAAUGACUUUUCUGCUGCAGCUAAGCACGCCAUAGUGCUGAGUAAUGCUUUCUAAGUGUAGUGAAAUUCAGUUGGAAAGGAAAACACCUCAACCUGUUUGCAUG